GCGGAGCUUAUCGCCAUAGUAACUCCUCCUCUCUGCCCCUCAGGUCCUCCCUUCGGUCUCCCGUUUGGCUCGUUCGCUCGGCUGACCUGCCUGCGGUUUGAGCCCCCCAAUGCGGUGGUGCACGUCGGGGGGUCCCUGCGCAUGGAGUUAACCCUUCUCAGCCUGAUGCCGGAGCCCUUCCCCCUGCAGCACCUCUCCGGACAUUUCCAUUACAAUCUGGACAAGAACAGCUACCGGAAAACCGCCGAAUGGCUGACCCUCCACAAACCCGCGGGGGGCGCCGUUCACUUCCAGGCAGAAGGGGCCCGGGGCCCCCCACCGGCGCUAGAACUGGCAGAAAUGCAGGAGAAGAGCCCCUCCGAGGGGGGGCUGCUGAGCACGGGGGUCAUCUGUAAAAAUGUGCACAUGUUACUGCGCGCCCAGGACUCCAGCGCAUCAUCCCCCAUGGACAGACACUCCGCCCUCAACCUGGACGAUGGGGCCCGUACCAUCAAGUGUGGGGGGGUCACCCUCCAGCCCGGGGCCAAUCACCUGACCUUCCAAGCCCAGGCGCAGGAGGCCGGCACGUACACACUGCGGCAGCUCUCGGCGUCGUUCGGGAACGUUCAGCUGCUGCUGCCGCACGUCUAUCCCGUAGUGCAAUACGACGUUUACUCCCAGGAGCNNNUCACACAUACGUGUCCCCGGUCCCUCUCUGCAGACUGUCUCCUGGCCGGCGUUCCUCAGACGUUGAAGUUUACGGUGACAACGGGACAUUACCGGGUGAAGGAGGGGGACACCCUGCAGCUGAGUAACGCCGACACCAUGCCUUUCAUCCAGACCCCGGACCCCAAGGCGUCCAUCUACCAGAGUGGCCACGGUGAGUCCUAUCACCACAUGGAGUUUGAGCUGGACGUGGUGUGUCUGUUACCGGAAACGGAACGUCUGUUGAAUGGAGAGGUCCCGCGGAGGGGGAAGGAGGCUGCGGACCUCCGGGGGAACGUGGCGGAGCAGCGGGUGUCCGUGGACUGUCCGUGGUCCAUCUACUCCACCAUCAUCAGUCUGACCUUCCACCUCCCGCUGAGGGCCCAUCACGCCCUACUGUCCUCCGGAACAAGGAAAUAUAUCCAGAUCCGUGUGGAGAACAUGUGUGACUUCAACUUCCAGUUAUCGAAUAGCUGCCUCACCUCCUCCCAGGACCUCCAGUUCCUCGCCCUCCACUCCCAGGACAGCCAGGACAUCCAGAGUCAGCAAUGUCUGUUCUACGUGUGGGAGGUAACGUGGCACAAGGACCUGCCCUUCACCCUGCCGUGCAGCUUCUCCGUCAGCUUCUACCCUCUGCCCCUCCCCCAGAGCUGCGGACAUCUCCAGCCCUUCACCUACCUCUUCCACCUGGAGCACUUUUAUACGCUGUACACUGUGCGUGCUGAGAUCACUCCGCCCGCAGACUCGGACUUCUGUAAGACGGGGUCCCUGUGCUCCCUGGAAGUCUGUAUCACCCGCAUAUGUGACCCCCUGGAAGGCGACAAGGAAGAGACUCUGACAGACUGUGAGGGAUACAGCAGCACGCAGCUCUUCUGCCAGGUGGUGGACGGAGGAAGUAACUGGGCGGUGUGUGGGCGGAGCUCCGGUGUGGUGAUGAUGCCGGUCAGACGAGGAGCUUGCCAUACGGUGCAGAUGGAGGUCAUGCCCCUGUUUGCCGGACACUUACCGUACCCCGAUGUCCAGCUCUUCCGGUACCUCCCGCACCACGCUCACUCUCAGCAGCUGGACUCCGACGGCUGGAUGGUAAAUGACUCGGUGUCGGUGGAGGACCCCUGUGAGGCUCCCAGCAGCUCCCUCUCUCCGGGCCCCUCGGGCCCCUCUACAGAACAGAAAGGACUUCUCAUGCCCCGCCUACAACCAUUUCACGCUGGGCAGAUCGGCAACAAUAGCGCGGGGCGUCAGAUCCUGGUUAUACCGAGUAUGGACGACCACGUACUGGAGGUCAACGUCACAUGACCCAGCGCCCUGCGCCGCUAGUGGGGGGAGGAGCCAAACAUGUAUUAUGUAUAUAUGGGGGGUGGGUGGAGGUUAUGGAUUCUCCUGAGCUGUUCCUAUAGUGCAAUAUUCUGCCAGACAUUGACAA